AUGGUGCAGAUACUGAGUCUGCCAGUCACCCUUCCCAGCCUGACAGCGUCCGGGAUGGGGGCAGCAGGCGCAGCGGCAGUGCUCGCCGCCGCCGGCGCCGCAACGGCGCUGGGAAAGCUCGGGCAUUCGAUGUUUUCGGAGCGCAUUCCCGCGAAGGCGGCGCUCUGCGGCAUCCUGCUGCUCUCGGCCGCGGCGAACGCCGGCCUGGGGGUCGCGCUUUCAGCAUCAUCGAGCCCAGCAACGGUCGUCGCUACCAUUGCAGCGUGCGUGGCGGCAGGGCGGCUCGUGACCGCGGGAGCGUGGCUGGCGGGCACGCGGCUCAUCAAGGCCUGGGUGCCGCCCGAACGCCACGGGACCGCGAUCGGCAGCCUCGGAUUCGCGUCCCGCAUCGGCGUCGUGGUGUCCUCGCUCGUCCUGGGCGCCCUGCUCGUCGCGGGCGUCACGCCCGACCAGCUGUUCGUCAUCGUUGGCAUCGCUGGCGUAGCAGCCUCGGGGCUCCUGUGGACCACGCUGCCGGAUCAGAGGCCCCAGGGUGCGGCCGCGGCGAGCCCCGCGGGCGCGCGGCACCCCGCCAAGGCGCCCCCCCGCAAGCGCGAGAGCACACCCGAGGCCUUGUCGCGGUUCGCGAGCAACCCGCGCGUGUGGCUCAUGGCCACGGCGCGGUGCUGCUACCAGCUGAUCUUCGAGCUGCAGACCCUCGGGCCGCUGCUCCUGACGUCGGCGCUCGCGCUCGCGCCCGGGGAGGCCGCGCAGGCAUCGGCGUUCUUUUCGCUCGGCGCGGGCGGCGCGGUGCUCGCCGGCGGGCGCGUCUUCUCCGCGCUGUGCUGCAAGGGCCGCACCGCGCUGCUCGUCGCCCUCGCCGGGGCCUGUGCGCUCGCGCUGCUGGCGCUCGAGGUGUCGCUCGGCCUCGCGCCGAGCUACGGGGGCACCGCGGGCGGAUUCGGCGGGCACGGGCAUCUCGUGCCGCUCUGCCUGGUCGUCGCCGGGGCGGCCGGCGCCACGCCUUACUACGUCGGGGUGUCGUCGUUCACGAUGCGUGUUGGCGCGACACGUGCGCCGCUCCUCGAGGGGCUGAGCGAGACGCUGGCGUACGUGGCAGCGGUGGCUUUCGACUGGCGCGCGGGCGAGCUCGCGGGGUCGGGCGCGUGCGAGCCCGUCCUGCGCGCGCUGUUCUUCUCGGCCGUCGUUGCCGCGCUGUGCGUGCCAGCGCUGACGUGGCGGCUGCGGCCCGAGCGCGCCACGGCGUGA